ACAGUGCGUGCGUGCGUGCGUGCGUGCGUGCUCACUGCUCAGCCUUUUGCCAGUCGGCUGCUGAACAUGCCUGGUUCCGCCAUGAACGGCUUCUCGGAACCGAUGGGCUAUCUGACCCGGAUUCAGAGCUUCAGCGCUUGUCAUCGCUUGCACAGUGUUCACUUGACUGAUGAAGAUAAUCUCAAGGUCUUUGGGAAAUGUAACAACCCUCACGGCCAUGGACACAACUACAAAGUGGAGAUAACUGUGCGUGGAAAGAUUGAUCAUAUCACCGGCAUGGUAAUGAACCUGACUGACUUGAAGAGGUCCAUAGAGGAGGUCAUCAUGAUUCCACUUGAUCAUAAAAACCUGGAUAAGGAUGUCCCGUAUUUUGCUACUAUUCCCAGCACAACCGAGAACCUGGCUGUUUACAUAUGGAACAACAUGGCAAAGUCUAUUGCACCUAAUAUUCUCUAUGAAAUUAAAAUUCAUGAGACAGAUAAGAAUAUUGUUACAUAUAGAGGAGAGUAGAUGUCGAUUCUAAACCUUGUGUGGUUUGCGUACUGUAACUCACAAUAAGUUUUGUUGGACACGUGUCUUAUGAGGCUGGGCUUGUAUUUAGGCUGGUAUAGUUGUGUUACUUUUAUACCAAAAUCAUUUCCAGUAUUUAUGUAUAGCCGUUUGAGAUUGACAGCCAUCUCCUUUUGAGGGAGGUGGGUCUGAAUGAAAGAGAGGCUCAGUGUUGUUUCUUCUGUAAAAUACAUUUUUAUUCAAUGAUUAUUGACCUUUUUGUGUGUGACAAUAAUCUUGUAUUAGAAAUAAAUUCUUGAAUUAAAUCCUUGA